AACAACAAACAAACAUUAACUCACUCAACACACUUGCAAUGUGGACUGGACUUAAGUAUUACGAUCAAUACAUAAAAGUGGCACGUACCUUGUACACAGAACAGAGUUGGAUUAGAUGUCGUUUUACAUACAAACUUGAGUAUGAGUCAAGCUAACAUCGAGUAGUAGUUGGAGUGCAGUUUAUUUUUCAGUUUUUGUUUUCUUUAUUUUGUAUUGUAAUUAAGUUCAAGAAAUUGGUGAACAUUCAUUAAAUUGUGUUUUAUAUUUUCAAUUUGUGAGUGAAUAAAUUAUUAUACUGACUCAUCCAAAUAAUUUACAACAAAUGUGUGGAACAACAUGGACAAAUUUAUGCUUAUGAGCCUGUCAGUGGCUCUUUUCAUUGCUUUGAUUCCGACUCUGAUUGAAUCCGCCGGAACUAAUGUUGAGCACAGGGAAGCAUACUUCAAUGGAUCAUCAUACUUACGACUGUUGACACCGAUGCCAAUGUGGAAGCACUCAGCUUUUAGUGUUAGAAGUUGUCGAGGAGGUGAAUUGAUAUCCCAGAGGUUCGCCGGCCGUACAUUUCUGUUGUCCAUUUAUUCCGACUAUGUGUCGAUUUCAUUGGUUACACCGAAUGCUCACACUGAGGCUCGAGUUGCCUCUAGUUUAUUGGACAAUAAGUGGCAUACUAUUGAAUUCUUGCUUCAAAUGGGAUCAUUGAAAUUGUUGAUUGAUAGGAAGGAAACCGUAAUUGCCAAUUCGACAUACAAUACAAUGAUGUUAACCGAUCCACCAAAUGAUGAGGCAGCUAUUCUAAUUAUUGGAACCACAUAUUCGGGGUGUAUGCUCCAUGGACCGGGUCUAAAUUUCAGUUCGAGUGUUCAAAACAGUCCCAUCCAAUUUGGUCCGUGUCCUCUAAUGCAAGGAUCAUGCACUCAAAAUGACGUUUUAGUACGAGCCCCCGAGAUUGACCAUUGUCUACAUGAGCCCUGUAUGGGUGGAACAUGCAUUUCACUCGCAGAUACUUACGAGUGUCAUUGCUCUUCGAGGUACAAAGGCAAGAAUUGUGAAAUAGAUACCGGUCCACCAUGCCGUUCCAAUCCUUGUUUCAAUCAUGGGGUUUGUAUAGAAGAUAGCCGGGGUGAUUAUACAUGCAAUUGUGAGAAAACUGGUUAUUCUGGAAGUCAUUGCGAGACCGAAAUAAGUGUCCAUCCGUUAUGUGAAACCAAACCGUGCUUGAACAACGGUAUCUGUAAAGUUGUAACCGGUUCUUCUAAAAUUGAAUGCGAUUGUGCCAAAGGCUUCAGUGGUAGCAGAUGCGAGGUGAAUUGGGAUGACUGUGAAUCGAACCCAUGUCAAAAUAACGGUGUCUGCAUCGAUGAAAUCGCAGGAUUUCAUUGCAAUUGUGAAAAUACUGGAUACACAGGGACUUUGUGUGAGGACAAUGAAAAUGAAUGCAAGAAGAAGCCCAAUAUAUGCUUAAAUGGGGCCAUUUGCUACGACACUUACGGCAGCUACGUUUGUGAGUGUCAACCCAACUUUGGUGGAUUUAACUGCGAGCAGCCGAUUGAUCAAUGUUCAGCAAAACCCUGUAAUAAUGGGGCAACAUGCAUAAAUCGGAAGGAUGGCAUUCAGUGUGUUUGUCCCCAUGGAUUUGUUGGAGAAUUUUGUGAAAAUGAAUCGGAUUGUGGUAGAGAUUGCCCAAAAGGCACUGAAUGUAUUGGUGGACAAUGUUGUGAGCCUGAAGCGAAUGGCAAACAAUGCAAAGCUCUACCAACAGAAGAUUGUAAUUGUCUGAACGGCGGAACAUGCAACGAAAAUGGAAAUACAUCGGCGUGUAUUUGUCCUGAGGGGUAUGAAGGCACUUUAUGUGAAAAAGAUAUUGACGAAUGUUCACAAAACCCAAAUAUUUGUGUCAAUGGAAUUUGUGUAAACCAACCAGGAACUUUUAAGUGCUAUUGCGAACCAGGCUACACUGGUUUCCUGUGUACAAGUGAUGUAGAUGAAUGCUUAAGCCAGCCAUGCAAGAACAAUGCAACAUGUAUUAACAAGGUGAAUGAUUUUAAAUGUCUAUGUGGUGAAGGCUAUGAGGGUAAAGAUUGCGGACACGACAUAGAUGAUUGCGCAAGUAAUCCAUGCUUUACUGGUUCUACGUGUGUUGAUGGCGUCGCUGAAUACAAAUGUAUCUGUCCAAAUGGAAUGACAGGCCAAAACUGUGAAAUUGAUAUAGACGAUUGUGAGUCACAACCUUGUCUUUUUGGUGGUAGGUGUCAGGACCUGUUGGGCGGCUUCCUGUGUAACUGUUCAGGCACAGGCUUUACAGGAGAACAUUGUGAGAACAAUAUUGAUGAAUGUCUAUCCUCCCCUUGUGAAAAUGGUGGACAAUGUGUGGACAAAAUUAAUGAUUAUCAGUGUAAUUGCUUUCCGGGAUAUACUUCUAAAAAUUGCGAAAUUGAUAUUGAUGAAUGUGCGAGUGGACCUUGUCUAAAUAACGGAAAAUGUUUGCAGAGAUCAAAUAUUACGCUCUAUACUAUGUCAAACACACAUACAGACGUAGAAAUGCCAUCAAUAUUUUAUAACGAGUUUUCGUAUGAAAAUGCAAGUGGAUAUGAGUGUGUCUGUAUACCGGGUAUUAAAGGUGAUAAAUGUGAAAUUGAUAUUGAUGAAUGUGCUAGUGCACCAUGUCUACACGGAAGCUGUCAAGACGAGGUCAACAAUUUCACAUGCCAAUGUGACACUGGAUAUGAAGGACCAUUAUGCGAAAUUGAAAUCGAUGAAUGCGCAACGUAUAAACCAUGCAUCCACGGAAAGUGUUUCGAUCGUAUAGGUUAUUAUGAUUGCAAAUGCGACCCGGAUUGGGGAGGAAGAAAUUGCUCUGUUAUGUUGAUAGGGUGCCAAAAUUCGCCAUGCUUAAAUGAGGGUAUUUGCACACCAUCACUAGAGAAUGAAACACAACACCGAUUCAAUUGUAGCUGCAUCGAUGGAUUCACUGGCUCUCGCUGUGAGAAAGAUACAACAUUGUCACUUAACAAGCAAAGUUUAGUUACUGUGAACACCAACCGUGUGGAGGGAUAUGAUAUCAGCCUUCGAUUUAGAACUACACUUCCAAAUGGCAUAUUGGUGUUUGGCAGCGGUGGUGGUGCAGUCGAAAGCCUUAAUCGUUUCAUUCUUGAGCUAGUAAACGGCCGGUUAAAUCUACAUUCACCACUGCUCAACAAAUGGGAAGGCGUCUUCAUUGGUUCUGGUUUGAAUAAUAGCGACUGGCAUAGAGUGGUUGUUGCUAUCAAUUCAACGCAUUUACUUCUGUCAGCGAACGACGAAACCACAAUCUAUCCGAUAAAUCAGUAUGAUUCUAAUACAAGCUAUACAGUCUUUCCCACAACCUACGUAGGUGGUUCGAUUCCAAGACUUACAUCAUAUUUGCGGCAUUUGGCGCAUGCCGCAUCAAGCUUUGUUGGUUGUAUGCAGGAUAUAAAUAUCAAUGGUCAAUGGAUCUUUCCACUCGACAAAAUUGAAAAUCAGACACUAGAGAACAUAGAACCCGGCUGUCUAAGAAAACCGCAAUGUGAUCCCAAUCCGUGUGGUGAGAAUGGGGAGUGCAUCGAUGAGUGGUCUAUAUUCAAAUGCAGCUGUCGACGACCCCAUUUGGGCGAUAAAUGUCAAUAUAACAUUACAGCGGCUACAUUCGGAAAUGAAAACACAACUCAUUCAGUGGUUUUCGUGAAUGUGACUGAAACCGCUCGCCGGAUGUUGCGAAGUGUGAUCGAUAUUUCAAUGUUUGUGCGCACACGCCAACCCACCGGACAUGUAUUCUACGUGGGCAGUGAUAAGAGAAAAGCCAGCAGUGGCAGUAAUGUUUCGUUCAUUUCGGCUAAAUUGAACGGUGGUGAAUUACUAGUUAAAUUCCAAAUAAAUGGCAGUUUGGAAGAGCAACCGGUUGGGGGUAAUCGGCUGGAUAACGGAUACAUACAUCUAUUGCAAGUGAUACGCAAUCAAACUUUGGUUCAAGUGAAAAUUAACGGCACUGAAUAUUUCCGUAAAACAUUGUCGUCGGUAGGUCCAUUAGAUGCAGAGAAUUUGUAUCUCGGUGGCCCACCAAAUGCCUAUCACUCAAAUGAUGAUAGUACCACCGAAAAUGAUUUACCAUCAAGGGAUAACUCAGACAAAGAUUACUUCAAAGGAAUCAUACAGGACGUUCAGAUUUCGAACGGAUCCCAAUCGAUGAUUGUUGAAAUAUUUCCACUUCAAGAUAAGAGCCUAAGACUACCGAAACGACUCGGUUUCGCUGUUUUUGACGAAACUUCCAUUUUACCUGGGGAAGUUUCAGACGAUUUGUGUCGCCAUUCGCCUUGUUUGCAUGGGGCGGUAUGCAAAAAUACAUGGAACGACUUUAUUUGCAUUUGUCCGCGCGGCUAUUUUGGUCGUUUUUGCCAGGACACACAAUUCUGUGAGUUAACCACUUGUCCUGGUAGUGGUGUAUGUCAAAAUUUGGACGACGGCUUUGAAUGCAUUACUAAUGUUACAUUCCAAGGAGACGAUGUAAAACCUCUGGCAUUUACAUAUCAUCAAAGAGACGACACGUCUGCCAAACCUAUGAAAGGUUCAAUCGAAAUUUCAUUUAGAACUAAAACAGGCGGAACACUUCUCUAUGUGCAAAAUCAAAAGAAAUAUUUUCAAAUAGCAGUUUUUAAGAAUCAAGUGACCUUGUCAUGGAAUUUGACUGGCGACUUACCAGAAAUCAAAAGAUUUGCUCAAGACAAUUUAAGCUAUGAUUGGCAAACGCUCAUUAUUAAUGUUCAAGAUAAUUUACUAAAGGCAAACUUCAAAGGAUAUGAAGAAGCAUAUGAUACUGGUGUACAACAGUCGGCAACAGCAGAAAUUAAUCAAGAAGAGUUCAUAGACUUAUUUUCUGGGGAGAAUUUAAUAUAUUUAGGUGGGCUGGAGCCGGCAGUCGAUUCCAAAUUGAUUGGAGAUGAUAAUGGAGCCGCAUUCAAAGGAUGCGUUGGCGAAGUUCGAAUUGGCGGAUUUCUCUUGCCAUUCUUUCCACAUACGGAAAUACUUUUUGAAAAGAUCAAACCACGCUCACAGUUUCGACUGAAUUCAACAAAGCCAAAAGAGGGCUGUGUUUUAUGCUUCCAACACGAUUGUCAAAAUGGUGGAAUUUGCGCAAAUCCCACUGAAGAGUAUGCAUGCACUUGUCCAGCUGGCUACGAACAAGAUGACUGUUCCGAAAACACGGACGAAUGUCUAUCUGCGGUCUGUUUGAAUAAUUCAACAUGUAUCGAUCUGGUGGCAAACUACACGUGUAAAUGCUUGGCUGGUUUCGAAGGGCAAAAUUGUGGAACAGAAAUCGACGAAUGUGCAAGUGCACCCUGCCAUAACGGAGGGAACUGCACUGAUCUACUCGCAUCUUACACUUGUACAUGUACAGAAGAAUAUGAUGGGCCACACUGCGAUAUAUUACGGCAAAUCACAUGCGAGAACAAACCAUGCCGCGCGGGAUCUUUGUGCAAAGAUGGCUUCAAUUCAACAACAGGCAAUAACUUUACAUGUGUUUGCCGUCCGGGAUAUCAAGGUGCUUUGUGCGAUAUUCCAUUCUGUGCAGUCGAACCAGGUUGCAGAAAUGGAGGUUUCUGUUUGACAACAGGUAUUUCACCUGUUUGUACAUGCAGCUUGGGCUAUACAGGCAUUUACUGUGAGACAGACCUGAACGAAUGCGAUAGCUCGCCAUGCCAAAACAAUGGAGAGUGUGUCGAUUUGAUCGGAAGGUAUCAGUGCCGAUGUUCAGGAACUGGAUUUGAAGGCGUCAACUGUGAAACUGACAUUGAUGAAUGUCAAGUAGAUAAUAUUGAUUGUGGAGGUCGCGGCUAUUGCAUCAACACACGUGGAUCUUACAAUUGCAAAUGUAAUGAAUUUGGCUUCUGUGGUAAUGCAUGUUCCAUUGAAGAUCCAUGCGUUCAUGGUAACCCCUGCCAUAACGGAGGCACUUGUAUAGAAAAAUGUACGGAUGUAGCGGACUUCUAUUGUAACUGUACAGACGAAUACACUGGCAAAAAUUGCACGGAAGUGGCGGUUUCAGAGAAAGAAACUGGAAUUACACCAACCGACGUGGCCAUUGUUGUUAUUCCAAUUUUAGUAGGCAUUCUCAUAAUAGGUGGUAUAUUUUUGGUUGCAUUUUUGAUGAUGGCGCGUAAUAAAAGAGCAACAAGGGGAACGUAUUCACCGAGUGCUCAGGAGUAUACUAACCCUCGUUUAGAAAUGGACAAUGUUCUAAAAGUGCCACCACAAGAACGAUUGAUUUGAAUUCCUGCUCUGACCCAGAGUCUGACCAUAUUUAUGUUAAGCACUCCGUACAAAUAUUUUCUCUGCGCGUUCAAGACUUUUGGUCUAACCAAAUAGUGUAUUCGCAUCACUCAAUUUUACCUUAGAAAAAAUGCUUUUAACGUACUUUUGUGGAAGCUAGUUAGAUGAUAUCGUUUAUAAUAUACAUAAAUCCUCUGCUUUGAAAAACUUUAAAAUUGCUCCGCCGACUUAGCGAUUCCAAUAUGCAAUUGAUAUCUGAAUGACGCCAAUUCUCGAGAAAACGACGAUUACCACAACUUUAUUUCGGCCACUUUUUCUCAUUACUCAAAUCGAACACGCUGGAAACAUGUUUGUACGAAGUUUAGACAAUCCGCCCUGUAGACGAAAUAAGGACGUUAACUAGAUUCCGAACCAUUGUAUGAGUAGGUAGUACUUAAGUUUCAAUAAUUUUUCGAAACUUCAAAUUUAACAAUAAUUUGCGUGAUAUAAAUCAUUUAUUUAUGUUAAUAAAGACUUUUCAAUCGACCGAAAUAUUUAUACCAAACAAAAA